AUGGGAUUGCGGUCUAUCUGGCUUGGAUUUUUCGGUUCUACCGAAUGUUCGAUUAGCGGUCGAUUGGAUGGACUCGUGGCUGUUGUGACCGGGGCAAACACCGGUAUCGGACUGCAGCUGACCGCCGAGUUGGCCCGACGUGGAGCGCGUGUAAUAAUGGCUUGUCGCUCAGAGGAAAAAUUCCAAUCUGCCAGCAGUUAUCUGCUGUUGGAAUACGGUGAACAAAACGGACAAACAAACAAUCAGCAGUUAACGGAAAUCAAACCUGAACAAUUACUAUUUGAACAACUAGAUCUAGCCUCAUUUGAAUCAGUAAAGCAAUCUGCUCUGUCCUUGAGCUCGAAAGGACUCACGGUGAACUUCGUGGUCAAUAAUGCCGGUGUCCUGCUCACCAACCAACAAGCCGAAAAGGAGUUAACACCAGACGGUUUCAACUAUCACCUGCAAGUGAACUUUCUUUCCCCGUUACUAUUCACGCUAUUACUUUUGCCUUUGCUACCCACGGACGGUUCGGCCCGAAUAGUGUUCACCACCUCUGUCCUACGGCACUUGGCUCGCCUCGAGUCAAGAAAUUUAACAUCCUCCAGUGGAGGCUUGCUUGGUGCACGGACGUACGCACAGAGCAAGUUGCUGGCAACAGCUUGCUCUCGUCAGCUGGCCAAACAUUUGAAGGCGAAGAAUAUCCGAGUAGUCAGUGUGGAUCCGGGAAUCGUAAGGACAAAUCUAGUCCGUGAACCUGGUUGGAUCUGGAAU